UCUGUCUGUCUCUCUCUUUCUUUGCGGGUAGACAGACUUACCAGUGGUGAAAAGAAGUCAAGAAAGUACUGAGAGGCUUGAAUGGUACAGCGGUGCGAGAGCAAGAUGGAUUGAACUGGCGAAAAAUUUCUUGGUCGUUGCAUUUCUUUUACUGGGCUGCUGAAGGGAAAAAAAUAAGAAAAGAGUCAUGGCUACAGUUUCUCAGGAAGCGAUCAACGAGCUCCAAGCUUUGAUGGAUCGAGUUGAGGAGCUGUUGAUGAGAACAUUCGAGAAUGUUCAUCAAGGGUAUCCUAAAGAAACUCUGGUGCGUUUUCUAAAGGCGAGAGAAGGCAAUGUUGCCAAAGCCCAUAAAAUGUUGUUGGAUUGUUUGAAGUGGCGUGUUCAAAAUGAGAUCGAUGACAUUUUGUCGAAACCAAUUAUCCCUGCUGACUUGUACAGAAGUGUGCGAGAUUCACAACUUAUCGGAUUGUCAGGUUACUCCAAGGAGGGACUCCCAGUAUUUGCUAUCGGGGUCGGGCUUAGCAGCUUCGACAAAGCUUCGGUUCAUUAUUACGUGCAAUCACAUAUUCAAAUCAAUGAAUACAGAGACCGUGUAAUUUUGCCUUCUGCAUCCAAGAGGCACAGGCGACCUAUUACCACCUGUUUGAAGGUUCUAGAUAUGACUGGCCUGAGGCUUUCAGCCCUUAGUCAAAUAAAGUUGUUGACAAUCAUAUCAACCGUUGAUGACUUGAACUACCCUGAGAAGACCAAUACCUAUUACAUCGCGAAUGCUCCAUACAUCUUUUCUGCUUGCUGGAAGGUUGUGAAGCCACUUUUGCAAGAGAGGACAAGAAAGAAAGUUCAGGUGUUGCCUGGUUCCGGACGCGACGAUCUACUAAAGAUAAUGGAUUACAGUUCCCUCCCACAUUUUUGCAAGGGGGAAGGAUCGGGGUCUGGUCGGCAUUCGACAUACGGACCGGAAAAUUGCUACUCCCUGGACCAUCCCUUUCACCAACAGCUUUACAGCUACAUCAACGACCAAUUUCUGCUCCGUGAACCCGUCCAACCCAUCAAACAGGGCUCUUUCCAUGUUGCUCUGCCUGAGGCCGCUGCAGAAGGGACGGAGAUCGCUAAAACAAUAGAAUCCGAGCUACAGAAGUUUGAAAACGGAAGUGGGAUGCCUGACUCGCUGGACGGCCUUAAAAUAAAUGGCGAUUGAAGCUGUCGGGAUCAAAAUGCUUUGGACGAACAUGUGCAGCAACGAAUCUAACAAGAGCUGAUCAUUUCCUUGAUUCAAUUACAUGAGCGAUGAUGCGUGGGCCAUUUCCGGUUGCAUGACAUAACGGCACGAUACAUGUGGCUCAUCCUAAUAUCUAUGUUAUCUUCUCGAGGUAAUCCAAUCAAGCCGGAUGCACCUUAGCAGACUGAAUAGCCUAAAGCCAUGUUCCUAUCAGAUGUAUGACCUGGCAUGUUGUAAUAUUCAUUUCUAUAUGCAAGUUAGCAUCAUUACCACGAAGGGAUCCUCUUGGUGGCUCUCACAUUUUGAAGGAAA